AUGUAUGUGACUGAACGUUGGAUCUUUGUGGUGGGCAUAGGCUUCUUCAGCUUGUGUUUUCUGAUGACCUCUCUGGGAGGUCAAUUCUCAGCCAAGAGACUGGCCGACUCCCCGUUCACCAUCCGCACCGAAGUGCUGGGCGGUGUGGAGUCACGUGGCGUGCUGAGGAAGAUCAGUGACAUGCUGGAGGUGAUUCUGAAGCGGAUGGACAGCCUGUCGAAACUGGACAACACCUCCACCGCCGACACACGGCGCCUGGACGAACUGAGUUUGGCUAUCAACAGGUUUCAGCCAGCAGGCCUGGUGGAGAGAAUCCAGGCUAUAGCCCAGAAUGUCUCCAACAUGGCCAUCAAGGUGGAGCAGAUCCUGCAGAGCAGCAUGGCACAAGGACGAGUGAGAGAUGGGACGUCAAACCAGUGUGAGGUGCCCAGAGACCCCCGUUUCCCAGACUGCCCUGGGAAAGUAGACUGGAUGCGUGCACGCUGGACCUCAGACCCCUGUUACGCUUUCUACGGCGUGGAUGGCUCAGACUGCUCCUUCAUCAUUUACCUGAGUGAGGUGGAAUGGUUCUGCCCUCCACUGGCCUGGAGGAACCACAGCAGCCCCCCUACCCAGCAUGCACUGCAGGAGAAGGUUGGCAAAAGACAGGCGGCUUUCCGCACAGACCUGUCCAUCCUUCUGGAGCAGGUGGGCACAGGAAAGGAGUCCCUCAGCUUCAUGAGGCGUCGCAUCCGCCGCCUGGCGCCGCAGUGGGCCACCGCUGCCAGCCGCCUCCACACCAAGCUGAACGGCCAGUGGAGGGACCAGAAGAGGAUCCUGGUCCACGUGGGCUUCUUGACAGAGGAGUCUGGAGACGUGUUCAGCCCGAAGGUGUUGAAGGGGGGUCCGCUGGGGGAGAUGGUCCAGUGGGCGGAUAUCCUCACUGCUCUCCAUGUUCUAGGGCACAAUCUUAAGAUCUCCAUGUCCGUCAAGGAGCUACAAGGGUUCCUCGGUGUUCCACCAGGAAGAGGUAGUUGCCCUCUGACCGGCCCGCUGCCCUUUGACCUCAUCUACACUGACUACCACGGCCUGCAGCAGAUGAAACAGCACAUGGGACUGUCGCUGAAGAAACACAAGUGUCAUGUCCGGGUGAUUGACACGUUUGGGACGGAACCGGCCUACAACCAUGAGGAGUAUGCUACGCUACACGGCUACAGGACCAACUGGGGCUACUGGAAUCUGAAACCCAGGCAGUUCAUGACCAUGUUCCCUCACACACCAGACAAUUCAUUCAUGGGCUUUGUGUCGGAGGAGCUGAACGAGACAGAAAAGAGGAGCAUCCAGCAGAGCAAAGUUAACAGUGUGGCGGUGGUCUACGGAAAGGAGGCCAGUAUGUGGAAGCUUCAGGGUAAGGAGGGCUUCCUGCAGAUUCUCCACAGGUACAUGGAGGUCCACGGUACGGUAUACUACGAGACCCAGAGGCCUCCGGAGGUUCCCGCCUUUGUUAAAAACCACGGCCUGCUGCCCCAGCAUGAGCUGCAGCAGCUGCUGCGCAAAGCCAAGCUCUUCAUUGGCUUUGGCUUCCCCUACGAAGGCCCCGCCCCCCUGGAGGCCAUAGCCAAUGGCUGCAUCUUUCUGCAGCCUAAGUUCCACCCACCUCACAGCUCACUAAACCACGAGUUCUUCAGAGGCAAGCCCACCUCUAGAGAGGUGUCCUCUCAGCACCCGUAUGCAGAGCAGUACAUCGGCAGGCCGCAUGUCAUGACGGUGGACUACAACAACUCCCAGGAGUUUGAAUCGGCCAUCAAAGAGAUCUUGAAGACCAAGGUUGAACCAUAUCUACCCUACGAAUACACCUGUGAGGGAAUGCUAGAGAGAGUACAUGCCUACAUACAGCAUCAGGAUUUCUGUGUCUCAGAGUCGGUGUUUCCUCCAUCCAAUCUCUCCAAGUCGGGGCCAGCUGGUGGCAUCAGAACUCCAGGGCCUCCGUUUGUGACCUUACUCAAUUCAACUGCCCUUGGCUGGGCGUCCGGUGUGCCGGCUCCUCCUACGUGGCCUCCCCUCCGCUCCCUGCGGUUGCUGGUGUCCCAGGAGGACCAGUCCUGUGUGGAGGCAUGCCAACUGGCCGGCCUGGUCUGUGAGCCUUCUCACUUCCGCUUCAUCAACAACAAAGAGGCGCUCCGUGGGUUGGAGGUACAGUGCGAGGUAAUCGACUCAGAGAUCAACCACAUCCUGCCGGCUUUCUCCGUGGUGCGGCGGGAGUGCAGCUUGCAACGUGAACCUCUCCUUUUCAGCUGCGCAGGACACUCCGCCAAGUAUAGACGCCUGUGCCCCUGCAGGGACUUCCGCCAAGGCCAGGUGGCACUGUGCAGGGACUGUCUAUGA